UGUGAUCAGUUAUUUUCUCUCUCUCUCACACGCCCUUCUCUGGACGCAAAAAAUUUCACUUUUCUUCUCCUACCCAACUACGUUUCUUUGGAUCCAAACACUAAAAAAAAAAACUCGAAAACCCUAGAAUUUUUCUCCCUUAUUUAUUCACUACUCAUUGCCACUUUGAGAAAGCUUGAGAGCCCCUCUUUCUCUCCUCCCUUUAUGGUGUUCCAAUCAGUUCAGUGGGCUUUGCUGUUUCAACCGAAUGACUUCUAUGCUGAUUCUCCAUUUCCAUUGCAGUAGGGAAGGCAUGUAAGCUGUUUGAAGUUUGAACCUCACUAUAAUUGUGGCUUUGACUAGCGUUUCCAUCUUAUUGGUUCUUUUGGUGCAAAGAAUGGGUAAAUGCAAAGGUUGUGGAAAAUUAGGAAGAAUGGUGCCAAGGGGUGGAUCUGUAAGUGCUUAUGACUCUGCUCUUCUGUUGUCUCCUGUUGUUUCUGUUUGGGACUGCAUUGUUCGUAAAAUGAGGUAUUCCUUCAGACCUGAGUGGGUGUAGUUAUCAGGGCCAUCACAUUAUAAUAUUAGUUUUUUAUACUAUAUUCUAUUAGAAUUUACUUAGUAUUAAUUAAAGAAAAGAAAAGAGGGAAAGAACAGCUAUAGGGAAAUGUAUACAUUUUGAGGAAUUUACUCAAAUAGUAGUGGAGCAAAGGCACUAAGUAGGUUAGUAGUUAAUGGAUAACAUGGGGUGUAAUAAAUUGCAACCUGUUGUGAGAAAGGGGAAGAAGAAACAGGUGAAGGAUGAAGUCGAUCGAAUGAAACAGGCUGAGAAGAAAAAGAGGCGCUUGGAGAAAGCUCUGGCUACUUCUGCAGCCAUCAUUUCUGAAUUAGAAAAGAAGAAACAGAAAAAGAAAGAAGAGCAGCAGAGGCUUGAUGAAGAGGGUGCUGCAAUUGCUGAGGCUGUUGCUCUACACGUCUUACUUGAUGAGGAAUCAGAUGAUUCAUGUAAGAUUGUUCUAAACAAAGAUGAUGGGUUCAACUCUUGGGAAUGUCCUGGUAAUAUUGACCUCUUUGUGAGUGGAGGAACAGGCUUUCCUUAUCAGGAUUCUGCCAAGCACUCACUUGAAGGGAUUGGGUGGGUGUCUAAUGCUUAUAGAUCUGGAUGCGAGUGUGGUAGCUCAGUGGGCAGUGACUGGUCACUUGCAUCUGGACCUUUUGCAAGGGAUCUUCCUGCCUCAUAUUUUGAGGAAGCAGGUUGGGGGACUACAGGAUUCUCUGCUGGUCUCAUUGCGGCGCAGGCGGUUUCAUCCCUCCAGAUUGCAGAGGAUGCUCAUGAAGACGCAAUUGUCCUUAAUGGAAUGCUAAGAGAGUAGAAUGAUCAUUCAAUCACUUGCCAAGAGUCUUGAUCAUACAUCUUAAUAAUGGCUGUAUAUAAUUUUCAUGAAUGUGUUCUUUGUCAUUCAGCAGCUACUCGUGUUUGUGUUGCUUCCAGAGUACUGAACAAUGUUUGAAGUGUCACGCCCGCUCUCAUGAUUUUUUAUUAUUAUAAUCUGUUGUCAUAUAUCUCUAGAGGAUGCAAGUUUUCCCAUUGUUGACUAUUGUCGUCACCCGGAGACAUCAAAUAGGCCCGUUAUCUUGUUUGUCUGCGUGGAGUGAUUCUUAUUUUAGUGUCUUGCUGUAUUGAACUAGUAUUGCUCCAUCCUGAAUCAUUAUAUUAAGAUCCUUUUGUUUUGCUUUA